AUGGACGACAUGCUGACUGGCGUAAACAACAUUCCCGAGGGUCAACGAGUAUGUCAGCAACUCAUCAAUCUUCUGGCUUCUGGUGGAUUCUGCUUGCGGAAAUGGGCCACCAACAACAGGCAGAUCUUCGAACAUCUGCCCCAGCAUCUGCAAGAUGAAAGGACGAUUCUCAACUUGGAUGCGAAGUCACCGAUCAUCAAGACACUCGGACUGAAAUGGAACGUUUCCACCGACGCCUUUGUGUUCAACAUCCCACGCUGGAACGUAGACAACAUCAUCACCAAACGAAACGCGCUUUCGGAUGUUGCGAAACUGUUCGACCCAAUCGGACUGGUUGGACCAGUUAUCAUCCAAGCCAAGCUGUUCCUUCAAGAGCUGUGGAAAUGUCAGAUCACCUGGGACGAACCGUUAACACCAGCACUACAAAACCGAUGGCUUCUGUUUCGCGAGAAGUUGGCCAUGCUGCAAACGAUUCACAUUCCACGCUGGCUCUUAACCGAUCAACGAGCAACGAAUCUACAAAUGCAUUGCUUUUGUGAUGCAUCCGAGAAGGCAUACGGAGCGGCGAUUUACCUGCGUUCGAUCAACACCGAUGGACGUGUGACAACCAACCUCAUCACUGCAAAAUCCAAGGUGGCACCACUAGCAGACUCCCGUAAGCAAAAGCGUGUUUGCUUACCCCGACUGGAGCUUUCUGCAGCACUGCUACUGGCACACUCGUACGAGAAGGUAUCAGACGCCUUGAAGCUUCAGGUCGAGACCAUCUUUUGGUCUGACUCAACCAUCGUCCUGCAAUGGUUGUCUGCAACUCCGUCACGCUGGAAAACCUUCAUCGCUAACCGGGUGUCCGAGAUCCAACACAUCACUCACGGCAAGGACUGGCUGGCGCAACCAUCAGAGGAAUGGCCGAACACUCAUCAACCUCGACAGGAAGAAUUCACCACGGACGAAUUGGAGGAGCGACCAAUCUGCAUGGCUGCACAAUCCGUGGCUCCGAACGAACUUUUUAGCCUCCGUUCAACGUUCACCGGACUGCAACGUCUGGUUGCGUGGCUAAGAAGAUUCCGACACAACACGAAUCCUGCUAAUCAUUUACAACGCAGACUGGAUCAUCAUCUCAGCUUGGAGGAACUAGCCGAAUCUAAACUGUGUCUAGUUCGCCUCGCUCAAGCUGAAUCCUUCCCAGAAGACAUCAAACAUCUAUCGAAAGGCGAUUCGGUCGGCUACAACUCACCUUUAAAACAACUAGCACCGUUUCUACAAGAUGGCCUGCUACGAGUGGGCGGAAGAUUGCGACAUGCACCAAUCCCGUUCGACCGAAAGCAUCCGUACAUCUUACCCGCCAACCAUCCGCUGACGAAUCAGAUUGCAACCCUGUAUCAUCGGACCUAUCAACAUGCGAAUCCACAACUACUGAUAGCGAGCAUGCGAAAACGAUUUUGGCCACUGCGAGCAAAAAACCUGGCCAGAAGAAUCCUGCUACAAAUGCUAUCGUUGCCGCCCCACACCUGCGCAGCAACUCAUGGGCGACCUUCCAACAGAGAGAGUUACACCAACGUCAACUUUCUUACACACCGGAGUCGACUUGUGUGGACCGAUACACUAUCGACAUACAUCUCGGAAGGCGCAACUCAUCAAGGGCUACGUAGCGAUAUUCGUCUGUAUGGUCACUUCCUCAUUCAUCGCCCCAUCGUAUCCCUGGCCGAACCAUCGCUGGAAAAGCUGCCGUUCAACCGUCUCGAUCGCUGGCAAAAGGUGCAAGAGUUUGUCCGUCGACUAUGGAAACGCUGGUCAACAGACUACUUGUCCGGACUACAGCAGAGAACCAAGUGGACCAAGCAGAAGGACAACGUGAAGCUGGAUACCAUGGUGCUGCUGAAGGAGGACGGUCUACUUCCAUCGAAAUGGUUUCUUGGCCGCGUCACGCAGAUCAUCAAGGGAGCUGACGACAACAUCCGAAUGGUCAUCGUCAAGACGAAAGAUGGAGACUUCAAGCGUUCCAUCUCUAAAAUCUGCGUUCUUCCCACCGACGAGCCAUCCAGUUCAUGCUAG